UGUAAUUCGUAAAGUAACGUGUGUAUGAAGAUGGAAGAGGCCGUGAAAGAGCGAGAAAAUCUCUACAAACUAAUUAUAAGCCAACUACGAUAUGAUGGAUGCGAGGCCAUUGCUGCUAGCCUGGCUAAAACUACCAACAUUAUAAGUCCAUGUCCUCCAUCAGCAAGACUACAUCAAGUUGUCAAUCUUGGAUUAAGAGCAGAAGCUGAAGGCUCUAGGCCAGAGAAUCCCCAAUUACCUGGACUUACUAGUAACACCAAGGUUCCAGCCAAGGGAAUUGAUCUGGAAUAUGAACCAGAUGAUCACGGAACCACUCCACCAGCAGCCAUGUAUGAAACCUAUUACGUCACUGCUCAUAAAGCACCGUGUAGGACUGCAGCAUUUAGUGCCAGCGGUAGACUAGUGGCGACGGGUUCUGUAGAUGCGUCAAUCAAGGUUCUUGACGUGGAUCGAAUGGUUGCAAAAAACACGAUGCCUCAGACACACGACCAAGGACAAGGAAUGAACCUGGAAAACCACCCCGUAAUACGAACCCUGUACGACCAUCAAGAGUUCGACUCUACGAUAUCAACACGUUUCAAUGCUUCGUCUCAGCAAAUCCUAGGGAGUUCCACACAGCACCCGUUACCAUGGUCAAGUAUGCCCCUACAGGGAAUCUUUAUGCAUCGUCAAGUGUGGAUGGAUCCAUUAAGGUUUGGGAUGGAGUUAGCAAUAAAUGUGUUGCAACGUUCCCUCAGGCCCACAAGGGCGCAGAGGUCUACACAGUUCAAUUCUCACACAACUCUAAAUAUCUCAUAUCGUGUGGCAAGGAUAAUAUUGUGUUUCUAUGGGAACUAUCGACAGGACGAGCUGUAAAUAUGUACACAGGMGCAGCGAUGUCAAACUAUCGAACUCAAGCUGUAUUCAACCAUACCGAGGAUUUCAUUCUUGUUGCCGACGAGAAAAAUAARAGUAUAUCAUGCUGGAACACAAGAACCACAGAAAAACAGAAGUCGCUUAUUUCAGGUCAUAACAAUCAUAUCCGCCAUCUGGUCCAUUCUCCCGCCGGGGCUGCGUUCAUUUCGUGUAGCGAUGAUUUCCGCGCAAGAUUCUGGUAUUGUGAGGGUGUGUAGCAUGAUAGAGGCCUGGUAUUUUUAGAAUAUUAUGGGCUGUAUGCUUUAACAUAUCACGUGACCCCAUAUCUCCAAAAUAUAGCAGAUACAGACUCUUACAGCAUMUGAGAAAAAGUAACUUAAAUAUUUUCAAGUCGACGUUUUAACUUCAAAGAUGUAAUAGAAGAUAUCUUUUUGCAAUUUUCUACGUUUGUCUGUCUGUCUGACACAGGAAGUCCGAAACCAAUUUGCAAAGGAUUUGCAUUCUUUCUUGGGAGUACUCACAUCUCAUGGAAACCAUAAAUUGCACUUGGUAGCUCAGUUAAUCUUUUGUAAUGUGUCUGCUAUUGAGUUUCUUGUUGUAUUUCAUGGUYGGUUUAGUAGAACCCCCUUAAUUUUGGGGAGGUAGGGUCACGUGACCUUUAGGAGAUAUGAAUAAUUCCCCCUUACAGUAUUUAUAAGUCAUGCCCCACGUACAGUUGGUACAUUUGUUUUGUGGUCAAUCACUAGUUGAGAGUUCAAAAUUGAGUGUGACAUGAUCGAGAAAUCUCAAUAAAUUACUUUGUAAAAGUAAAUUGAUAUUUGAAUAAACGCUUUUUUUUGCGAUU